ACAGCGGCAGCGCAGCUUUCACCCACAAUGAUAUUCAAGGCACUUGCGGCUCGUCUGCAGCGAUAGGAGAAAAGAGGACAGAAAAGAGAGCCUCACCUCCUCUAACAGCGAGUGAGGUAGGGAAAAGAGUCAGAGAGCGAGAGGAAGACGAGAGGCUGUGGAGUUAAAAGAAAGACAACGGCGGCUUGGACCUCCUGCCAGGACUCUUUAAUUGUCUGCGCUUUAUUAUAAAGUGUCUAAUUUUCACACAGAUUCGACAUGUCAUCAUCCGGUAAAGACAACAGCGGUGCCCAACACGCCAAUUACGUGGGACCUUACCGUUUGGAGAAGACGCUCGGAAAAGGACAGACAGGGUUGGUCAAACUUGGAGUCCACUGUGUAACAUGCCAGAAAGUCGCCAUUAAGAUUGUGAACCGUGAGAAACUCAGCGAGUCAGUACUAAUGAAGGUGGAGCGAGAAAUAGCUAUUCUGAAGCUCAUAGAACACCCACAUGUUUUAAAGCUACACGAUGUCUACGAAAAUAAAAAAUACUUGUACCUCGUGCUAGAACACGUGUCUGGUGGUGAACUGUUCGACUACUUGGUGAAGAAAGGCAGGUUAACACCUAAAGAGGCCAGGAAAUUUUUCAGACAAAUCAUGUCUGCCUUGGAUUUUUGCCACAGUCAUUCCAUAUGUCACAGGGAUCUAAAGCCAGAGAACCUCUUGCUAGAUGAAAAGAACAACAUCAGGAUAGCAGACUUUGGCAUGGCUUCCCUUCAGGUUGGCGAUAGUUUGUUGGAAACCAGCUGUGGAUCUCCACACUACGCAUGUCCAGAGGUCAUCAGGGGAGAGAAGUAUGACGGGAGGAAAGCAGACGUCUGGAGCUGUGGGGUCAUUCUUUUUGCUCUGUUGGUGGGCGCCCUACCGUUUGAUGAUGACAACUUAAGGAAUCUUUUGGAGAAGGUGAAGCUGGGUGUGUUUCACAUGCCACACUUCAUCCCUCCAGAUUGUCAGAACCUUCUCCGUGGCAUGAUUGAAGUGGAUGCCUCCAAAAGAUUAACGUUAGAACAGAUCCAGAAGCACACAUGGUACAUAGGAGGCAAAAAUGAACCAGAGCCAGAGCAGCCAGUUCCCAGGAAGGUGACCAUCCGCAGCCUGCCCUCUGCAGAAGAUAUCGAUCCCGACGUACUGGACAGCAUGCACUCUUUGGGCUGCUUCAGAGACAAAAACAAAUUACUGAAAGACCUGCUCUCAGAUGAUGACAACCAAGAGAAGAUGAUCUACUUCUUGCUAUUGGAUCGAAAGGAGAGGUACCCUAGUCAGGAGGACCAGAAUCUUCCCCCUCGCAAUGAGAUUGAUCCUCCGAGGAAGAGAGUGGACUCUCCCAUGUUGAAUCGUCAUGGCAAGAGGAGACCAGAGAGGAAGUCCAUGGAGGUCCUCAGUGUCACGGACGGAGGCUCACCUGUCCCGGCCAGGAGGGCUAUCGAUAUGACACAGCAUGGACAAAGUAAAUCAGUUUACAGUAAAAGCUUGGAUAUUCCUGAUGCCAGUACAAAAUGCAGCAAAGAAGAAAGGUCGCGGUCUAUUAGUGGAGCCUCCUCUGGUCUCUCCACCAGCCCGCUCAGCAGCCCACGGCCUGUCAGAAAGUUUGGUGUACCACCUCAGUCCCCAGACUUGUCCCCGUCCCCUAACACCAGUCCCUGUACAUCCCCUGAGCCCGUUCCAAAUCGCGCAGACCAGCGUAUCUCCACCCCCAAUUCGCUCGCUCCAAACAGUGAGCCCCUGCCAGAAGCACUCAACAAGACACAGACGCUCCCUGCCAAGUCCAAAACUGUCCCAAAGCCCCUCCAAGCCACACGAUCAAACCCACUUCCUGAAACCACCCUUGAUCCAGAACCUGCAGCCAAAUCAGAAUACUCCACUCCCUACCAGCUUCCAUCACAGCCACCCUCUGCCUCUGUGCCUCCUACCCCUACUUCUCCAUCUUCCCCAUCCUCCCCGUUUUCCUCAUCCUCCAUUGCCAGUGCUACCAUCUUAAACAGCCCCCAAGUACGACGAGCUCAUUAUGCUGCCAACCCCCAACUCUCUGUGCCCUUUAGCCCUGUGUUGCCCCUGUCACCAAUCAGGCUGCACCAUUUUCACCCUGUAGCACCAGCCCCUUCUCCAUUUACUGACCACCCACCCAAAUCUAUCCCCCUCAUACAGGUUACCCCUCACCCUUCCCCUCGAGGCAGCCCCCUCCCCACCCCAAAGGGCACCCCAGUGCACACUCCCAAGGACAGCCCAGCUGGGACACCUACUCCAACACCGCCCCCAAGCCCCUCUAUUGGAGGCAUGCCUUGGAGGACGCGCCUCAACUCCAUCAAGAACAGCUUCCUGGGCUCACCACGUUUCCAUCGCAGGAAACUCCAAGUUCCCACACAAGAGGAGAUGUCCAGCCUCACACCAGAGUCUUCCCCAGAACUUGCCAAAAAAUCCUGGUUUGGUAACUUCAUCAACCUGGAAAAAGAGGAACAGAUCUUCAUUGUCAUCAAAGACAAACCUCUCAGCUCAAUCAAGGCAGACAUCGUUCAAGCCUUUCUCUCGAUUCCCAGCCUGAGCCACAGUGUCAUCUCUCAGACCUCUUUUCGAGCAGAGUACAAGUCAACAGCCGGCCCCACAGUCUUCCAGAAGCCGGUGAAAUUUCAGGUGGAUAUCACCUACACAGAGAGCACAGCUGCCACUAAGGAGAAUGGCAUCUACUCUGUAACCUUCACCCUGCUCUCAGGACCCAGCCGACGCUUUAAACGAGUAGUGGAGACGAUUCAGAGCCAGUUGUUGAGCACACACGAUCAGCCUGGGGUCCAACAGCUUUCCGGCAGCCCAUUGAGUAACUUCUUUGACGUAAUUAAACAACUUUUUUCAGACGAGAAGAAUGGACAGGUGCCCUACCCCCCUGGCACGCCCUCCAAGCACUGCCCCUCACCCAUGCACGUCCGGAGGCAUGACCCAGAAAAUAAUGACACCAAAUUCCCUGCUGCAGGCCGAGACAGAGCCCACUUGUCGGUGGCAUCUGUGGGGACACCAGAGGAAUCUUAGACCGUGGUGCUUUGUAGCCAUCCCAGUAUCACUUUAAGCCAGAGACACAGAGAGAAUAUGCUAUCUGUACAUAGCUAGAUAUAUAUAUAUAAAUCAUUUAUGGACAUCUUUUCUAUAAAAUGACUUUAUAUAGAUAGAAAUAUAUUAAAAGAAUCAAAGUGAUAUUUUGCAAACAACAUGUUGCACCAACACAACAGACACACACCCUUGCCAUUCCACUCCCCUUUCCAUUACCCCUCAGUGUCCACCAUCAUUACCACUCCUGUACCCUAACCAUCUAAUCACCUGUGGGCCUCAGUUGUUUGCUCCCAUGCUGCUGCUAACCUGUGUGAUGACCUGACUUGUUUCUGAUACCAGGAAUUAUCCAGAAAACCUAUUAAAGUCCAUCCUCCUGCUCCCUGCUCCAUUCGCCCUCCCUCGACCACCCCUCCACACCCCUCCAGCGUGCCAAGAGAGACGGACAAUUGUUGACGGAGGACUCUUCUUAUAGCGGUGUGCUGGGGGAGGGGUUACCAUGGAAACAGACCCUUCAUGCAGACUUCUACCUUCAUCUUCCUCUGCACCCCGACUCCACCCCUGGCAGCCAUCAGUAGAAGUAGACAAAAAAAAAAAUCCUGUAGUGUUCUUGUUCUUAGAAACACACAAGCACACACAUCCCAAUAAAAACAAGACCACUCGCUCCCCUCACCAGCUAUCACCGUUCUCUGACCUCAAGGAGCAUUUGCUAAUUGGAAAACGAGCAUUAUUCAAAAACACUACAGACGCCACAUACACAAAACAUACACGCACAGAUCCAGUAUGCACAAAAACUCUGGGAUGUAUCAACAAUGAUGAACAACAUUUUAAAAAAAAGAAGACACCAUGCAGAAACACGAGGAGGAGAGAAGGGAGAGGAGUUUUGUGGAAAGCCCAAACAGCCGACACGGAUGCUUGCUGGAUUGUAUUUGUUUGCUUUUUAUUAUAAUGUACUUUCUUUGUGAAGAACUGGGUUUGAAAUACUAACUGACUUUAUUAGACUUAAUACUAUUGCUGCAAAACAGACUGGAAUUGUGUUUUCAGAGAGGAGUUGGGUGCGAGAAGAACAGGGCAGCGGGAGAUAUUAAAUGAUAGUAUAGGGUGGGGGGAGGGAAGUGGGUGGAUAUUCGGGUAUUUAAAAUGAAUGAUCUAUUCUGUUGUACAGACUGAUAUCAUUUCUUAUGUAAAAAAAGAAAAAAAAAAGAAAUGUCUAGUUGUGACACUGUUUAGAUACCAUAGGAACAGGUUGGUAAACCUGAGCCUGCCACUUACUGUCAUUUUAAAUUCUGUGUAUUUUUGUUACAUGAUCAUGUACGUCUUUGUUUGAUUGACCCAAUAAUGAUCCAGACAUUCCUGUUUCCUAUUAUCUGCAGCAUUUCUUCUUUGCUUUUCAUUUAUACCUCUCUCUAGUCUCACUUACCAGCAGUAGGAGUAGAGAAACAAACGAAAAAAUGACGUGAUAAAUGCAACUGUGGAUAUUUUUGUAUUGUUGUCCUUAUUUAUUCAUGUUUGUUCAUCUCACUGUUUGAUUUCCUAAUUUAUUAUAUCUUGGCUAUUUAUAUGAACAAAGCUGUUAGGUCAGUUGAAUGUUAUUUAUUACCCUCUUGUGUGUUCGUAAAUGGGACAUUUAAAGAAAAAAAAAGAACUUUUAUUUCCUUUGCUUUGGUCUGACUUUAACUGAAUUAUGUGAACUUUGACAAGUCAUAAAUUCUCUUUUCCAUGCUCUCUCUGCAGAGGGAAAGAGAACUUGUGGGAACUCUUGGAAAAAAAUGAUUUACCAGUAAUUUAAGAAUGUAGACUUAGCCUCUUUUUGGAGAGGGAAUAUGCUCUUCUAUUGAUAUUUGUCAGUUUCAUAUUAUUGUGCGUGUAGGCCAGGCUGGAGGAGAAGAACACCACAGAUCCUGAUCUGCUUCUUCUCUUUGUAAAUAGACAGACAAACCGUGGGGGUUGAUUGUUUUCUCAACAAUGCUGGGGAUUCCUGCUCUGUGCUUUUAGCUUGUAUUGCUGUGUGCAUGUCAAAACAUGAGCUUUUCUUUGCAUGGCUUUAGUGUUAAUGUUCCAUGCCAAACUCACUCCUUCUCUCAGCCUUCAUCACUUCUCUUUCCACAAAACUACCUUUUAAAAUUUAAAUUCCCCUUCUGUCUGUCCCUUACUUUCCCACCUUUUCUGCUUUUAUUUCUGGCUCUUUUUUUUCCUUUUAAAUUGUUCCCUUGGCCCUGCUGAUCUUUCCCUUCGUCCUCCUCCUCCUCCUCCUUAUCUUGUGCACAAAGUUUUUGAAGGAUGCUUCCUCAACUCUGUACCUCUCUCUGGAAGGCUCUGAGGUCUGGGCUCUCUACCCGUUAGUAGUAGAGGCACAGGGAGGGGAUACCAGUACUACAAACACAAAGCAAUACCCUGAUAUGCGCCCUCCUUUCUGUUUUCUACAAUGGGAAGCUAGCAGCACUAAGGAUAUCUAAUGAUUCAGAGGCCUACAUGGGUCUUUUGACAGAGCAGGAGCAAAACUGACUGUAAUCCCCAUAAAACAUAACUGUGAGCAUCUUCAGUGCUGAAACAAAUAAACUCAUUCAGUUAU